UUCUCAGCUAUUACUUCGAAUCAAAUUUAUCCGAGUGUAGUAAAUUGAAAAAAAUAGAUGUACUGCAACUCCAAAUUCAAUUUCCAGUCUCCAACUUCAGUUCAUCAAUUUGAACCAAUCAAAUCCCAGAAAAGGAAGAAGCAGCAGCAACACAAUUAUUUAUCAUCAUCAUCAAACAAAAAUAUAGGAGUAAAGAUGAGAAUGGUGGGAUUAACAGGCGGAAUAGCCACCGGAAAAAGUACAGUGUCCAAUCUUUUCAAAUCCCAUGGUAUUCCCGUCGUCGACGCCGAUCUUGUCGCUCGCGAUGUUUUGAAGAAAAAUAGUGGCGGGUAUAAAAAGGUUGUUGCUGCAUUUGGACUGGACAUUUUACUGCCUAAUGGUGAAGUUGAUAGACCAAAACUCGGCCGGAUUGUGUUCUCUGAUCCUUCAAAACGUCAGCUUCUUAAUAGGCUUCUAGCUCCUUAUAUCUCUUCUGGUAUAUUUUAUGAAAUUUUGAAGCUAUGGCUGAAGGGAUGUAAGGUAAUUGUCCUUGAUAUUCCUCUGUUAUUCGAGACCAAGAUGCAUAAUUGGACGAAGCCAAUAGUUGUAGUAUGGGUUGAUGAUCAAACGCAACUUCAGCGGCUUAUUGCAAGAGAUGAUACCAAUGAGGAAGAUGCUAGAAACAGGAUAAAUUCUCAGAUGCCCCUAGAUGUUAAAAGAUCUAUGGCCGACGUGGUCAUAAAUAACUCUGGUUCAUUAGAUGACUUGGAAGAACAGUUUCAGAAGGUAUUAUUCAAGGUCACUAGGCCUCUUACAUGGACUGAAUUCUGGCUCACGAGACAGGGUGCUGUUACAGCCCUUAUUUGCAUUAUAAUUGCAGUUGUUGUAGGCAAAAAUGUCGUCAAGAAGUUGUAAUCUUUGUAGCACGGAUACGGAAACGAAGAAACAGGACACUUGGACACGGAUACGGCAAAAUAGUGUUAUUUUAAGAUUUAGUUCCUGAAACGUUUCUGAAAUGGAAACGGUUGAAUGAGCGAGUUAGGUUGUAAUUAAAAUUCUUGGCUCUUGUUCUCUAAUGUGUUUCUUACAAAAAUUAGUGCUAUGUAA